AUGAAAGCGAAGGACGUAGCCGAUUGUGCGGUCCAGCUGGGUAGACAUAAAUUGGAUGUCGUCGAAGCAGAAUAUAUCUGGCACGCUAUCAUCGAGCAGUACGAGGGCGUACCGAGCGUCCCACGAGACGUCCUCACGAAACUCAACUGGGUCACCAUCGCAAUAAAAGCUGAGGAAUACUCCAAUAUGACUCUGAGCGAUAUUGACCUUGUCGCGAACUUCGGGAAGGACUACAGCCUGAAUGACGACCAGCUGUCUGCUAUAGCGAGCCGAGUGCGCGAAGACUUCGGUAACAAGGAACCCGAAGACUACACUGUGUACGAUUUGACUGCUUUAAGACAGAUACUCUGCGCUUUCAACCGAAGCGAGAUCGAACGAAUACAUCCUUCGGCGUACAAGGAAGCCGCCUCUGUGAUUGGGAAGCUAAAACGUUGUCCGCCCGAAGUGCUGCAGGGCUUCGCGGCUCUAGCCACCGAGAAGACCGCUUUCGGUCCCACGUCAUCUUGGACUAAUUCUACCAUAGAAGCUCUGGGCUCCGUCGCUGAAUACUUCCCAAAAGAUUUAAUUACAAAGAUAAGAAAUAGGAAAGAGAUGUAA